AAAAUAUUGAAAAUUUUUCAUCGAUGAAACCUGUAAUUUGUGAAACGUGAACAAAUUCACCCUUUCUAACAAUAUCUGUUAGGCUCGCUGAUGUCUGUUAGCGUUGACUGAAGACUCAGUGAUAUUAUAGGUUGUAAUUCAGUUCAUUCAAUUAUUCAAAAUUCUACCAAAACUUUCAACAGCUCCAUGUCUUUGAACACAUUAUUAAAUUUUUUUUCAGAGCUACUGAAUCAUACGCGUCGAAACUAAAAUUAUCUACAGCUUUUUUAUGGAAAUAUUUACAUAGAUGUAUAAAAGAAAUAUGUUAUUGCUAGAGUAUUGCGGAAAUGAUCCCUAGAAUGAUCUCUGUUGGGUCGAAGCAUCAAACUUGACCGCCAAACGGGUCAGCACACACAAGCAGACAAUAGUUUCGGGUUCGGUAGAUGGGGUCGUCGGAUUGGCGCAGUAUUGGAAAUAUGUUGAGUCGUAAUAAGUUUGAAGCGAUCGGAGACGCGAGCAAUGAAAAAGCAUGACUAAUUCAAACACCUGACUAAUAAAUGAAAGAAAAUUGCCCGCAAGACAACGGGUCAUGGGGAACUGCCUCGGCCGUUGUUUUGCCACUGUCACCGAUCCGUCGACGUACAGAUCAUAUCGCCGACAUUCGAGCAUGUGCUUUCAAGAGGACGAACGUACAGAGUUCUGUCAACAGAGCGAUCGGGACGAGCGUAUGAUGUCUUGUGAGAGACGGAAAAAUUUGUUAUCGUUUCUUUCAUUGAAACGUUUCAAGAAGAGGCGCGGUGUCCCGAUUUCUUUGGAACUUGCCGAGGACGGUGGGUGGCCCAUGGGCGGUAGCAAGUAUGUUAGGUUGAACUCCAGAAGUACCGCAUCAGUCAGUUCUGGCUUGGAUGUAUCACUUCAAACUUUGGAUGCUAGAAAUUUGAUGAAACACGGCUACGUGCCAACUCCUGCUUCAUCCUUAGACCUUGAAUGGGAGCAUGAAGGUUUGCCAAUAUCUCCACGAAGCGAUAUCAAUGCAGAGAAUACAGAUAACUCUCUUUCCUUUCCAUCUGUAAACAACAGUCAACCUUCUAGUCUGACUGCUUCACCUUGGUCCAGAGUAUCGACGCCAAAUAGCUUGGAAUGGGAUCCAGUGGAAGCAGAUAUGGUGUGUGUAGACGUAGAGACUGAGCAAUUGCUAACAGAGAUUGAGAGACUGACAGAUCGGGCACUAAAAGAGACUGGUGACUGGACUAGUAGUAGCUGAUAGAUUAUGGAAAAAUCAUAAAAAGAAACGACGAUACGCUUGGGUCAGUUUGUAAAUUGCACAUUACAUUAAAAGAGAAAUGAUAAUUGACGUAUACAUCCAUUUGAGUCUGCGAAUAAAAAACUUCAGGAAAAAGCAUAUGCCGCAAAUGGAAGAGUCAGUGAUUGCGGAAGUUGUGUCAUUGUCAUGUUGUUUAGUGGCUGAUAUGAUAUCACAGCCAACAUUUAGCUGGUACUAUAUUCAAAUAUGGCUUCAUGAAGCUGUUUUUGGAACUCAAUAAACAUGUUUUAAAUGUGCUUUUACACGGUUACGAGCUUAUGGCGCAUAACUUAUCCUGACAUUUUUUAUUCACAGACAAUAGCACAAAUUGAUGCAACUUCCAGCAUUCACAUGUGCAGAUAUCAUUGAUUAAUCCAUCAUAUGUUUCGUUACGCACUUUUUUGCUUUUUUAAUCACAAUCAAUUUGGAAAACAAUGUUGGCGUAGCAUUUGCUAUUACAAAAGCGAAAUUGUAAAAAAAUAUAAGUAGAAUAUGGACAUUGAAGAAACUGAUUUGAAUAUUAUAUGGGGUGUGGGGUAAAUGAGUUUUGAAUGAAAGUUGAUAUUCAUCUUUUUUGAAAGAAGAGAAAAUGAAGGAGAAAACCUUUAAAAUUAUUUAGAGCUGUUACGCGGAAGAGGGAACGCUUGGUAUUCUGAAGUAGGACAACCGAAUUAUCGUAGAAACGGGGAACUUAUAACAUAACUACAUAAAUACUAUGCGCUCGUUGCACUGCUUGAAUUUUAUAUUCUGUUGCACGUUUUCAUAAAAUUUAUUACGUUAAGCUGUAGUUUUAUAGAAAUUUAAAACUACAACAAAGUACGCGAUUGCGUUAUAAGAGAUAUAGCAUAUUUAUACAUAGAUAUAGAUAUGUACGAUACACACUGUAUUUACAGAUAUAUGACUAAUCGCAAUGUCAGUGAAUAAUGGUAAAAGUCUAUGCUGAUUUCGCGCAAAAACAUGAAAAUCGCGAUAAGAUGUUUUACACACUUCAUGCUCUGCCAUAUGAAGUAUGAGGAAAUUCAUGAGGCAAACUGUAAUCGCGUAUUUGAUAACCGUAUUAUACUGUAAUAGAUUCAAAUCAUUGACGCUUAUGCAAAUAACAAUACUAGUUACGUAUAAAUAUAUACAUAAAGAAAGUAAUGUGAAAUUUGAGCAACUAAAAGUAACGCGUUGAAAUAUCUGGACAGCUUCAAAUUGCCGGAAAAAUUUAUAAACCACGGUAAUAAAUUUGAUCUUCGUUUAAUUUAAACAAUGAAUUGACAUUUAGUUUUCCAACAAACAUUUCGAUUUCCAUACUCUAGGUUUUAAUUUGGAAUAAAUCCUGAAUUUCAAGAUAUUAGGUGUAUAUUGAUAAAUAAUAAUAACAUGUAUAAUAAUGAUGCGAAUAUUAUUCGACAAGUAAUAAGUAAGUAAGUCAUUAGAUAGACAAACAGUUAUUAAUUCAGGUCUGCCAUACCGAAAUAUGUUGUAAUCGUUGAUGUGAGAGGAAACAAUUAGUUUGUUGUAUAAAGUUGAAAGAAAAAAUUGCUAGUUAGCAGUAUACAAAAGAUAGAUCGAGAAAUAGAUGGGUGUAUUAGCAGUUCGUUUUAUAAAAAUUGCAGAUCGAAAGAAUUCAAGGCCACAGUAUGCACUUGAAUUGGUGUAAAUGGAUCCAUGGUCUUCGAAGAAGAUCAUACUGUGCUACAUUACGCAUAAAGUACAAUUCAAACUCACCACUAUUAAACUGCCAUUAAUGUCUAAAAUUGGACGGUCUUCACUAAAAUGCAGUCACUUUGGUUUCAUUUGUUUACUAUACGUAUUAGUUUUCAUUCUCGGUUAUUAAAACACUUAUACAGAGACCUUAGUGUGAGGUUGGGACCAAAUGUCACGGAGGUGAAACAAUAAUGUAAUGUAAUAUUCUCAAAGUAAGUUGAAUUAUUUAACUCGUAAAAGUACCAGCAAACAAUAUGAAAUCUUAUCGAUAAAAAAAGAAAAAGAAGUACGGACUAUUUUCAGAUUACGUUGAACAUGGUCAAAUGCAAAUAACUAUCAUGGAUACAGCUUGAUUUCUUCACAGUAAAAUAACUUAGUUUAAAGGCUUGUAUAUGGUAUAAAGUGAAAUUGGAUGAACGUGCCUAGGAAACGGUAUAGGUAGAGCGUUGUACAGGGAAGUGUUAUGUGUAUUCUGUGUAAAGAUAUAUCAAUAGUAUAUUAUUAUAGCGUUCAAACGAGUUUGAACAUUGUAUUGUACAUACUAACACACUAUACAAGGCGUGAGAGAAUCAUAUCAGAGGAUGCGAAAAAUGAGUGAAGAAAAUAAAAAUAUUACAGUUGUAAUAUGAGUAAAAAUGCUAACAAUUAGUGUAUUAAACUGUGAGUUUAUAUGCUUAAAUAAAUAAAUAACUAAUUUAUGAUA